UAAACAUGUGACAAUUGUGAUGUUUUCUUGGUUCCUGUUCAUUAUACUCUUAUAUAAUGGCGUGUUAUCAGAUUAUUAUAGCAAUAGAACUGGUGAGUCAAACAAAGUGAAUUUUCCGAAACUGGCUCGAAGACGUAGCAUCGUUUCUCUGAUCUUUUCGCAUAAUGAUAGUAACGCGUCAACAUCAGCGGCCAACGGUGACAGCAAUGUGUCAACAAACGUGACGCCAUGCCGAUGGUUGCGUGGUUUCAAGCACCAGAAUAAAAUGUGCCGCAAAAGGAAAGGUCUAUCGCAGGCUCUUCUUAUCGCCAAACACCUAGCGGUCGUGAGUUGCAAGGAGCAGUUUCGAUUUGAAAGAUGGAAUUGUUCGUACAAAAAGUCCAUCUUCAGGAAAAUUUAUCGCGAAACAGCUCUGCUAUACGCAAUGAGCGGAGCUGCGAUAGCGUACUCUAUAGCGAGAGCUUGCUCUGAAGGAACAAUCCAUAACUGUCGUUGUGCUCGACCAGAAAGUAACGAACAACCCCGACAUCACUGGAAAUGGGGCGGUUGUGGUGACAACACGAAACAAGCCAAAAAGAUAACGGAAAACUUUUUACAAUUAAAACGGAAAAAGGAGAACGACAGUUUUUCGAUAACACUGAAUUACAACACUGAAGUAGGACUUGCAACCCUUUCAGAAGUCGAGAUGAAAGUGUGUACAUGUCAUGGGGUUUCGGCUUCGUGUGUAAUGAAAACGUGUUGGAAAAGACUACAGCCGUUUCCAAAAGUUGCCCAGAAGUUGAGAGAUAGAUACCAUAGCGCGAUCUUACCGUCGCCAGAGAACACUGUUAAGCAGAAGAAUCUGAACAAAAGGAAAUAUAGUCGCAACCUGAUAUAUUUCGAACAGAGCCCCACUUACUGUCAAGAAACUGUUGGAAGAGAAUGUACUGAUGCAGACAACUGCGCGACUCUCUGCUGCGGACGAGGUUUUGAAAUACACGAAGCUGUUCGAUACAAACAGUGUAGGUGUCACUGGAAGCAAUGCUGUUUAGAUGUUGCUUGCGAUACAUGCAGGGAAAUUGUCCAUGUGUACCGAUGCAAAUAAUUAAGACAAUUUUUUUA